GCACACAAUACAAUCUUGAGCAGGAAAAGAGAAGAUGAAGAUGGUUUCCUUUGUUGCCUUAUGCGUGGUGGCACUGGCGGUGGUGACGCUUUCGGGUGAAAUUUUCUCGGCGGAGGCAGUCACAUGUGAUCCCAUGCAGCUUAACGCCUGCAUACCGGCGUUCUCGUCGGGGGCGACUCCAACGGCCACAUGUUGCGGCAAGCUGAAGCAGCAGCAGCCAUGCUUUUGUACUUACAUUAAGAACCCGGCUCUUAAACAGUAUGUGAACAGCCCCAACGCUAAAAAAGUUGCUUCCACUUGCGGCGUCCCAUUUCCUAAGUGUUAAAUGUUGCUUAACUAGGGUAUCUGCGAUCUACCGACAGCAAAAAGAAUCUGUUUUUGCUGUCUAAGUACUAUUCUAAAUAAAAGAUUGAUGAGCGGAAGGUAUAAGA